AGUGACGGUGUCAGGCCUCGCCAGGGCUGGGCCCCGAAUCACGCUGCUCCCCGCCCACCCCUCAGCCCCGUUGACGGCGCUUGGGGAGGGAGGUCCCCGGGUUCGACUCACCGAUCUGCCCGAUGAACUCGAUCUUGAUGCCCUGGUGCUCCAGGCGCUUGUUGGGGUUCUUGAGCGCAAGGCUCACCUUCCCGGAGACCGUCUCCCCGUCGUAGAAGAGGAAAUAUUUCUCCUUCUUCCCGUCCUCCGUCUUGUGCUCGGCCCGCUUCCUGCUCUCGGCAUCGUUCAGAAGGAUUUCCACCUCCACGCUCUGCCCGAAGCCGAAGAAGCUCAUCUCACCGCCGGGCCCGGCCGGCCUCGGAACGUCUCGGAGCGCGCGCGGGAGCGAGCUUUGAAAGUUGAGGAGCUCCGCGGAGAGGAACCAAUUCCCGGGAGAACAUGGUGGCGCUGCGGGACCUUGGGAGCGGCCUGCAGCCUUGGUGCCCGUUGGAUCUCAGCCCUGGAUGGGUGGACACAGUGUGGGAACUGGAUUUCACAGAGACUGAGCCUUUGGAUGUCAGCAUAGAGGCGGAGAUCAUAGAGACUGGAUUGGGUGCAUUCACAAAACUCUAUGAAAGCCUUUACCCCUUCGCUACUGAAGAACAUGGAUCCACAGAAAGCAUUUGGACCUUCCUCACUGAGAAUAACAUUUCCCACAGUACGCUGGUGGCAUUAUUCUAUCACUUUGUUCAGAUAGUUCAUAAGAAGAGCGUCAGCGUGCAGUAUCGAGAAUACGGCCUUCAUGCUGCUGGGCUUUACUUUCUGCUACUGGAAGUACCAGGCAGCGUAGCCAAUCAAGUUUUCCACCCAGUGAUGUUUGACAAAUGUGUUCAGACUCUGAAGAAGAGUUGGCCUCAGGAAUCUACCUCGAGUCGGAAAAGGAAGAAAGAGCAGCCCACAAGCUCUCAGGCUAACCCAACGAGGCACAGAAAAAGAGGAAAGCCACCCAGGAAAGAAUAUAUUGAUAUGGAUGAAAUUAUAGAAGAACAAGAAGAUGAAGAGAAUAUUUGUUUUUCUACCCAAGACCUAGCUCAAAUUCGAAAUGCCAUCUUUCACCUUUUGAAGAAUUUUUUAAGGCUUCUGCCCAAGUUUUCCCUGAAAGAGAAGCCACAAUGUGUACAGAAUUGUGUAGAGGUCUUUGUUGCAUUAACGAAUUUCGAGCCAGUUCCUCAUGAAUUUAAUAUUACACAAGUUAGAGAUCUUAACCAAGCAAAAUACGUACCAGAACUGGCCUAUCAUGGAUUAUAUUUGCUGUGUUCCUCAAUUCAUGGACAAGGAGACAAGGUUAUCAGUUAUGUUUUCCAUCAUCUGCUCAAUGUACUAUUAAUGCUAGAGGCAGGCAAAGGAUCCCAUCACACCCCUCUUACUAUCACUGCCCAAGUCGUCAAUCAUAGAAACCAGGCAGUCCAGUUUAUCAGCUUGCUCGUGGAUGACCUCGGGACGAGCGCACUCCCGGUGCUCCGUACCUUACUGCAGCACAUCUGUGCCAAGGUGACAGAUAAAUCAGAGUAUCGGACCUCUGCAGCCCAGUCCCUAGUCCAGCUGCUCAGUAAACUUUCUUGUGAGGAGUAUGCUACAUUCAUUGCCUGGCUUUACAAAUAUUCACGAAGUUCUAAGAUCCCACACCGAGUUUUUACUCUCGAUGUUGUCUUAGCUCUGUUAGAACUCCCUGAAAGAGAGGGGGAUAGCACUCUCUCCGUGGAGCUUCAGAAGUUCACAAAGCAUAAGUUCUUGGUGCAAGAAAUUAUGUUUGACCGUUGUUCAGACAAGGCUCCUACUGUCCGCAGCAAGGCACUGACCAGCUUUGCGCAUUGUCUGGAACUGACCGCUACCACUGCAUCGGAGAGUAUUCUGGAACUCCUAGUUAACAGUUCUACAAUUUUAGGAAUAGAGAGUCACCCUGGUACCAUACAGAGAAAUUCAUCAGCUUUUUCCUAUCAAAGGCAGACACUUAACCCUUCUGAACCUUCAGGGGGUAUCAACGGAAUCGGCGAUGGUGAAACAAUUGGAUCUAGCGGAAGAUGUGUCAUGGGGAUGCUGAGAAAGAGGGUUAGGGAUGAGAAGACCAACGUUAGGAAGUCUGCACUCCAGGUAUUAGUGAGUAUUUUGAAGUAUUGUGAAGUCUCGAACAUGACGGAAGACCUGUCUAUUCUGCGAGACCGGUGUCGAGACCCCUCAGUGUCUGUCCGGAAGCAGGCUCUGCAGUCUCUCACUGAACUUCUUAUGGCCCAACCCGGAUGUGUCCAGAUACAGAAAGACUGGCUGAUGGGGAUCGUCCCGGUGGUGAUGGACUGUGAGAGCACCGUGCAGGAGAAGGCCCUGGAGUGCCUCGACCAGGUCCUGCUGCAGAACAUCAAGCACCACAGUAAAUUUCACACUGGAGACAACAGCCAGGUGCUGGCGUGGGCACUUCUUACUCUCCUCAGCACAGAGAGCCCAGGACUGAGCCGCUAUCUAAAUAAGGCUUUUCAUAUUUGGGCCAAGAAAGAUAAAUUCUCACCCACUUUUAUAAACAAUGUCAUAUCACACACUGGCAUGGAACAUUCUGCACCAGCCUGGAUGCUGCUCUCCAAGAUUGCGUGCUCGUCACCCAAGCUCAACUACACCAAAAUCAUAGAGUCCUGGGAGAAAAUCAGCAGUCAGCAGAAUCCCAAUUCAAACACCUUAGGACAUAUCCUAUGUGUUAUUGGGCAUAUAGCAAAGCAUCUUCCUAAGGGCACCCGGGACAAGGUGAUUGGUGUUAUCAGAUGUAAACUGAUUGGAUUUCAGUGGUCUCUGGAGUUGAUCAGUUCAGCUGUUGACGCCCUGCAAAGGCUUUGUAGGACAUCUGCAGAGACAGCAGUGGAGGAGCAGGAGUUGCUGCACCAGGUGUGUGGGGACGUGCUCUCCACCUGUGAGCACUGCCUGUCCAACGUCGUUCUGAAGGAGGGUGGAGCAGGAAACUUGGACAAAGACCUGCUGGUGAAGUACAUUUUUACCUUAGGAGAUAUAGCCGAACUGUGUCCAGCCAUAGUAGAGAAGAGAAUCUUCCUUCUGAUCCAGUCCAUUCUGGCUUCUUCUGCUGAAGCGGAUUACCUGCGGCCAUCUCAAGGCACCAGUGACGACCCCGCCUCUCAGCCACCCUUCCAGGUCCAGGGCUCUGUCAUGCCUUCUGUGAUUAGAGCACAUGCCAUUAUCACCUUAGGUAAGCUAUGCUUACAGCAUGAGGAUCUUGCAAAGAAGAGCAUCCCAACCCUCGUGCGAGAGCUGGAGGUGUGCGAGGACGUGGCCGUCCGCAACAACGUCAUCAUCGUGAUGUGUGACCUCUGCAUCCGCUACACGGUCAUGGUGGACAAGUACAUUCCCAACAUCUCCUUGUGUCUGAAGGAUUCAGAUCCAUUCAUCCGAAAGCAGACGCUCAUCUUGCUGACCAACCUCCUGCAGGAGGAGUUUGUGAAGUGGAAGGGCUCUCUGUUCUUCCGAUUUGUCAGCACGAUAACAGAUUCACACCCAGACAUCGCCAGUUUUGGGGAGUUCUGCCUGGCUCAUCUCUUACUGAAGAGGAAUCCCGUCAUGUUUUUCCAGCACUUCAUCGAGUGUAUUUUCCACUUCAAUAACUAUGAGAAGCAUGAGAAGUAUAACAAGUUCCCCCAGUCAGAGAGAGAGAAGCAGCUGUUUUCACUGAAGGGAAAGGCAAACAGAGAGAGACGAAUGCGAAUCUACAAAUUUCUUCUAGAGCACUUCACUGACGAACAGCGAUUCGAUAUGACUUCCAAAAUCUGCCUCAGCAUUUUGGCGUGCUUUGCCGACGGCAUACUGCCCCUGGACCUGGACGCCAGUGAGUUACUCUCGGACACAUUUGACGUCCUCAGCUCAAAGGAGAUCAAGCUUUUGGCAAUGAGAUCCAAACCAGACAAGGACCUCCUCUUAGAAGAAGACGACAUGGCCUUGGCAAACGCUGUCAUGCAGGAAGCCCAGAAGAAACUCAUCUCACAAGUUCAAAAGAGGAAUUUCAUAGAAAAUAUUAUUCCAAUUAUCAUCUCCCUGAAGACUGUGCUGGAGAAAAAUAAGAUCCCAGCCUUGCGGGAACUCAUGAACUAUCUCAGGGAGGUGAUGCAGGAUUACCGAGAUGAGGUCAAAGAUUUCUUUGCAGUUGACAAACAGCUGGCAUCAGAACUGGAAUAUGACCUGAAGAAGUACAGCGAGCAGCUAGCCCGGGAGCAAGAGCUGGCCCAGCAAGCAGACAUGAGCAGGACAGCAGAGGGCGCUGGCGCGGCCCCGCCAGUACAGGUUGCUCCAUGUUUAGAAAUAAGGCCAGUUCCUGCCAGCCACGAAAAUCCUGCUGCGGCCCCUGCUGUGAGCCAACCCUCACUGCCUGGGCCAAGCACUGGCCAGGCACCGCCUUUGGCUCCUGCACCUGAAGCCAGACUGUCAAACAGGUUGAUGCCCAAGGCCAGGCCCAUGUCCCUGAGCACCAUUGCCAUCCUGAAUUCUGUCAAGAAAGCUGUGGAAUCCAAUAGCAGGCAUCGCAGACGGAGCCUGAGCGUGCUGCCUUUCACUCUGAGCUCUGGAAGCCCAGAGAAAACAUGCAACCAGGCAUCUUCAUACAGCUUGGAGCAAGAGUCCAACAAGGCUAUUGACCAUACAACUAAACGGGCAAUCAGCACCCCCAAGAAUACCAUCAGCGAUGUCACGUUUGGAGCAGGAGUCAGUUACAUAGGGAGCCCACAGACGCCUUCACUCAAAGAGACAACUGAAGUCCAGAGUCAAGGAAAGGACAUUUUAUGUUUAUCAUUGCCUGAUAAAUCGCCUCCACAGCCUCCGCAGUGGAAUGUGAAGUCUCCAGCCAGGAAUAAAAAUACCCCAACCCCCAGCAGGAGAUCCCUCCGAAAGACUCCCCUGCAGACAGCCAACUGAAGCAGUGCAUUCCAGCAAGUGUCCAAAACUUCUGUUUCCUACACUUGAAAAGGCAGCUGGGUCCCUUUCUGUGCACCUGGAAUGAUGUGUUACUGUGGAUACCAAAGUUCUUCCUCAGGAUCCCAGCACUGGAGUUGCUCUCCUUGUAGCUGGCAGCCCUUUUACAUUGCCCUUUGUGACAUCUGUAGUUACAAAUUAUGAAAUAACAGAGAAAGGCCAGAUUUAGAUUUUCUUACCCUAAACUUAAUCUAUUUAAUAUUAACUUUAUUCCAUUUGAAAGUGUCAUGUCAUUCGGAUAAGCUAUUAUCUGGUCUUUAUAGAACACAACUUAAAAACUCCAGCCUUCUAAGUCAAGCCUCUAUUAAGUGUUUGAAUUCCUUAUAGUACAUAUUUUCCCAUAUCUAAUGACAAAAUUUAGAUUGUAGUAUCUUUUCCAUUAUUUAUAAUUGCAGAUUUAAAAAAAAUGUACAGCUUUCUAAAAUGAAUAAAAAUUAGCACAAAUACAGCCUGCUGGUAUUCAAUAGUAUCUUCCUAUUUUUAGAACAGCACUUUUACAGUGGUCAUUUCCUAAUAAAGUUUACAUACAGUGGUGAGGAAGAAUGAAACUAAAUCUUCCCUAUUAGGGAACAAAUGGUUCCACUUGUCUUUAUGGUUUGUUUCAUCUGCCCACCUGCCUUGCUCCCACCCACAAGCUGCCUGACUCCUAAGAACUAACUAACUCCUUGUUAGUUCAAAAGCAGUUGUGUGUCCCUUCUCCAGAGUGGCCCUGAGGCUGAUUUGUGUGACUCUCUGCAAAGGACUGCUCCCACAAUGGAGGAUUAACUUGAGUCUCUUCAGUUGGCACCAUUAUGAAAACUUGUAAUGGUUUGUCCAAGAACGUCCAGAAACAAAUGCAGUUGGUUCAUUUUUCCAUCCCAGUAUUAUAGAAACAAAAGUACAAAGUUGCAUCUUAGCUGUGUUUUUAAUUAAAAUGUGGUAAUUUAGGGGUUGGGAUUCCAUUGCACUCUCACACGUGAGCCAUGACACAGAAGGACUUGUCAUUGGUACAGCGACUCACAAAGCUGCUCUUGCAUGAACAGACCAACCACCAGUCUAGGACAGUAGUAAACUAUUUCCAGUGUAUCUGCCUAGCUAAUAAAAUGGCAGGAAGAAAAGGUAAAUCCAAUGUGAAAGCAAACAAAAAACAAAUGAAACAAAGUUUGAUUUUUUUUUAAAGCUUUUUAUAAUUGAAGUUUAACAAAUACCAAAUUAUAGGUGUGUUAGUACAAAUCUGUAACAUCUAUGUACAGCAACAUCCAUACUCAAGGCAGAACCACAGCCUCAAAUAGGCCUCUUGAGUCUUCAGUCGCAUUCAUACCCAUAAGGCAUGAGUGUUUUCUUUCUACAGUCUUCCAGUCGUAGACAACUACUUCCCAGACUCCACUUUUCACUUCUCUCUACUUCAUCAGACCCAGUUCCCAUGGCACUAGGGUAGAAGAUUGUAGGAUAAGGAGGGAAAUGAUAAGACUACCCUGUCACUAUGACAACCAAGGAGGAGACUGGAGUGUUAAUCUCAACAGUUAGACUGGGGAGCUACCUCUUUUCAGCACGAGGAAGCAAAGAUGAAGCAACAGUCUGAACUCUAAGCAUCGAAGAUGCCAACGCAGAAGACAGUGAUCAGUGAGUGCUGCCCAAUUCCCACAGCAAAGGAUUUCACAAGACUUAGAAAAGUCAACAUAACCUCAAGUAUUCAAUUAAAAAAAACUGGUCAAAGUAUAAAAAAAUUAAGACACUGAAAGCUAAAACAUAAGGUGACCAGGGUCGUCUAUGAAAACCGCCCUCAGGCACAUAGUGGAAUGAGGCACCCCUUCUGAGAAGCUCCUCGCUUCAAACCACUUCCCAUCAUGGGUCCAGCACCACACUGUAUGUGAGGCUGAGAAUAUCUGCUCUUAACAAUGGCUUCUGGAUGGUGUGCUGAUGCCCCACAAAGAGAACAUGUCUCAGGCAGAUAAAAAAAUUAAAAUCAAAAUGAGAAGCCUACUUCUGACUCAGGCGGUUUACUUUCCUCCCAUCAGGCUUUCCCCCCAGCUGCACUACUGAUACUCUCCCAAACGCUGGCCUGGCCCUCCACUGGAUGGUUCAUUAGGAAGGGAGACAGAACUUUCAGUGUCUGGGUGCUUUCUGCGUAGAAAGGAGGAAUAGUGUGCUUUAUUUUCUUUUAAAACUAUUGUUGUAGCUGACAAAUUCGAUUUCAAAAUUGCCUGUGGUCCCAGACAGUAUUAAGAACUAUAUAAAUAAUUACAACCACCUUUAAAAAAAAUAGCAGUAGCUGCUUUGUUUAUGAGCUAUUCAUAAUCAAAAAGAGGUCUGUCACAGGAACCCAAUGGCUGGGACGCUACUUGGAAGACACCAACUUCCCUAAAGUGUCCACCUUAGAGUGUCCCAGCAUGAACCACGUACCUCAUGGCACAUGAACGACACUUAUAUUAAAGCUGAUCAAGACACAGGCAUAGCUGGAGCUUUAGAGGUGGCAGUGGGCGUUCUGCGCAGCACUUGGAGUCAGUGCGCAUGCUGAUCUAGUGUGGCACUGACGUAACCCUGCCGGUUGACUGAUGUGGUUUAUGGUAUACAUCUAACAGCUUCUGGAUGGUCUCUGGGCAUAUAUAAUUUUAGUAAUCUCAGAAAAAGGCAAUCUUUCAACGAGUAAUCUUAGUUCAAAGCUAACCUGAGAGCUACUGGAUUUCUUUAGGAGAGAUACAAACAUUUCAACAUUGCUCAACUGGAACUUCUAAAGAUUUCCUAAGCAACAAUGGUCUGAUGUAGAUAAAAUUAAAUAUUCUUGUUGAAAAAUGCUAAAAACUUAUGUGGAAAAAGGAAUGUUC